GCUGAUUUUGACAGAGCUGCAGAAGAUGUGCGAAAGCUGAAAGCAAGACCAGAUGAUGAAGAACUGAAAGAACUCUAUGGGCUUUACAAACAAGCCAUCAUCGGAGACAUUGAUAUUGAGUGUCCAGCAAUGUUAGAUUUAAAAGGCAAGGCCAAAUGGGAAGCGUGGAACCUCAAAAAAGGGUUGUCAAAGGAAGAUGCCAUGAGUGCCUAUAUUUCUAAAGCAAAAGAGCUGAUAGAAAAAUAUGGAAUUUAGAAUUCAGUAUAUGCGAAUUUUUCCCUUCUGAAGCCUUCAUAAUGGUAUUAUAACCUGACAUUUAGAGGGGAAACUAUAAAUGUUAACUCUGUGUAUCACGUACAGUUUUGCUAUUAGC